CAAAAGAGGUUUGAGGCUUUGAAGCUCAGGAUGAUGAAUAAAUCAAUAUUCUGUAUCCUCCCAACCAGUAUACUUUUUAAUUUAUUUAAAGACUAGCUCUAUCAAUUAAGACUAUAUGAAUACCUAUUUAUUAACUAUACGUCUACCUAUCAAAAUUUCUCUCUAUUCGCAAUAAAAUCCUGCCCGCAAGAUACCGUUUCCACGAAGCAACCCACUAUCAGACAAAAGUAAAACGGCCGUCAGCCUCAAUUGAAACAUAAAAGGAAUACCAUACCUGGCUACGUCAGGGACUUUACCGUGUCCUGGACUCUACAUAAGAAAGAGAAAAACACACCCCCUCCUGAAUUGUAACCAUGGCGGCCGCCGAGCCUUCCACUCCCCAAUCAUCCUCCAGUACAACCAUAGCAACCCUUCCCGCCCGCGAUCGCGCCGCCGACUUCGAAAAGUUCAAGAACUUUGCAUCCUACACCUUCCUCUUUGCAGCUCCCGUCUUCAUCGCUCUUCCGCCCCGUAAACUAGACUUCUAUACGUUCAGUCUUGGUGCUGCCUUCCUGGUCUCCGCAAACCGCCUCUCCUCCGUACACACAGGUAGCAGUAUAGUCGGGCACAUCCGGUCACGGACGGUCGGCGAGAACCGGCCAAAUGUGUUCCGCGACCUGCCUACGCCACAGGCGGAGGCGAUGCAGGCGCAGCUGCGGGCUGCGCGGGACGCUGAGAUUCGGGAAGGGAAAAUUGUAGGGGAGGAGCUGGAGAGGUUGAAGCGGAGGCAGGAGAAGGAGAAGGAGAUGAAUAUUGUGAAAAAGGUGUGGAUGGGUGGGGAAAGAGAAGGGUGGAAGGAACGGAGACGCAGGGAAGAACUGAAGGCGCUGGAGGAGGGAAAGGGUUAUGGCGAUUUGAUCAAGGAACAUAUUUGGGAUGUGAUAACUUGGGGCCAGAAGGAUGAUGAGGCAGGCGAAGAGGGGGUUGAGAAGCAAAACGGGGGAGAGGUGGAGGAGGGGAGUCAGCGGAGUUGAGGUUUUUCCAUUUCGUUAUGGAAUGUGAGCUUCUUUACCCUUAACCUUCAUGUUAUCUCGCAGUGUUGGUCCGACAGGGAUUGUGCUGGAUGGCGGGCCAUGUUCCCGAUUACACCACCGCGAUGACUCUUGAGUUUCAACCAUCACGUUGAGGGAUGAAGAUGAAAAUUGCCGACGUACAAUAUACACCAUUCCGCUUCCCCGGCGGCUGUAUCACGUUGACGAAAUUGCGACGCUGUGGGGAUUCCGCGGUUCAUUCGCAGUCACCUCCAGCAACUGUUUCGCUACGCCUACGUGUCGAAUGCUACUAAUGAUGUGUCUUCUGGCGGCUCUAUUCGUCUUUUGUUCAUCUCCCCAAUCUGGAAACAUGGCUGUUUGGUGUUGUAGUAAAGGAGCUGGAGUGUGCUACACCUGGAUGAAAACUACAUACAACCUCACCUCCACUGGUACCGGGAGAGUGCGUGGGAGUCGACUGGGGAUAGCCUUCAAUCUACGGUAGAACUAGUUGUAUCACUUUCUUUCUAUUUCAUGUUCAUGCGUCUUUAUUUACUCUCAUACCAUCCGUAGAAGGGAAAAAAACAAAACACUUGUAUUAUUCACUGCUUUGAUAAAAACCUUUGAACAACAGUACCAGCAUUCCGUAUGAAGAGCAAAGUAACAGGUCCAUUCUAGAAAUCACCCGAAGUAAGGGGUGAAAAAGAAGGAAUUUCCCAAGUUAUCCAAAUUUCUCAAACCAUGUAUGUGGGUAUUGUACAAAACAAUCGCAAUGCAGAAAAGACUUAAUAUGAAAACAUGCGGACAUGCAGACAUGCAGACAUGCGAACAUGCGAACAUACAAACAGCAAGACAAAUAAAAUUUGUAAGAGAGUUCGAAAAUUUCUCAAUUUGUCUCCAAGCCCAG